GUGGUGGUAUACCCUUUGUGUUUCGUCUGCAGUGGUAUCCUUGAGCUCUUCAGCCUGUAAAUGUCUGGCCGAGAUCAUGGAUGAGGAACUUGAUGAUGAUGACGUUCCUCUGAUAGUUGAGAAACUCCAUAGAGUACAAGCGGUAUCCCUGAUAUUAGGGCGGUUACUGAGAAUACCCAAAGCAAGCUUGGACUCAAUAAAGCAGCAGUACACUGAUCCAUCACUACGCCUCAUCAGUGUAAUUGAUGAGUUUGUGAAACAAGAUGAGCCUAAACCAACAUGGGGGUUUAUUGUUAAAGCUCUCAAGAGUCCGUUGAUAAGAGAAUUACGUUUGGCUAAAAAGAUCGAGGCCAACUAUUGCUGUCUUCCAACUAAA